CAAAGAUUACAGCAGAAGAGCCCACAACAAACUUUCCCAACCUUUAUAUAUAUAUAUAUAUAUAUAUAUAUAUAGUGUUAUUACGUCCCUAUGAAUUCAUUAAUUAUUUGUUUACGAUCGAUCUUAUUAAUCAACCAACUCUAUGAAUUCAUUAACUAUUUAUUUACUAUCGAUCUUAUUAAUCAACCAGCUCUUCGGCUCUGUCUCCCUCCCUCUCUCUAGGUCUCUCCAUAUAUGUAGCUAUCGACGCACAUAUUUUACACACUCUGCAGCCGAAGCAAAUUAAACAAAACCGAUGUAGUGGGAGCGCAUCUACCUCCGAGCGGUUUCAAAAAGUGUGGUCUUGUGAGAGCGACUAGAAACCAACGAUCCUUGCACGGCUCUCCAUGACCAUUCUCCAAGAGGCAGCGGAGGCUGGGGAAGGAGGGGGAGGCAGGCGGCUUCCCCACCCGAUCGUCGUCGACGACGACGACGACGACGACAACAGCAUGGAUGGUGACAUAGUGGAGUGGUUCGAGGGGGUGGCCGAGAACGCGGGCGCGGUCCAGGCCCGGACCCUGCGCCGCAUCAUCGAGCUCAACCGCGGGGCCGAGUACCUGCGCAAGUGGCUCGGCGACGACGUGCGUGUGUCGGACAUGGACCCCGCCGAGCUCGAGGCCCUGUACACGUCGGCAGUCCCCCUCGCCUCCCAUGCAGACAUGGAGCCUUACAUCCAGAGGAUCGCCGACGGUGACUCCUCCCCUGUCCUCACAAAAGACCCCAUCACCAUGCUCUCCCUCAGUUCCGGUACCACGGACGGGAGGCCCAAGUAUGUGCCUUUCACACGUUUUAGUUCGCAGUCCACCCUUCAGAUCUUCCCCUUGGCAGCUGCCUACAGAUCGAGGGUGUAUCCGAUCAGGGCGGGGGGAAGGGUGCUGGAGUUCCUGUACAGCAGCAAGCAGUUCAAGACCAAGGGAGGGCUGACGGCGGGCACGGCGACGACCCACUACUACGCGAGCGAGGAGUUCACGGCGAAGCAGCGGACGACCGGGUCGUACACGUGCAGCCCCUACGAGGUGAUCGCCGGCGGAGACUACAAGCAGUCGACCUACUGCCACCUCCUCCUCGGCCUGGCCUUCUCCCAGCAGGUGGAGUUCGUGGCAUCCACCUUCGCCUACAGCCUCGUCCAGGCCUUCGCGGCGCUGGAGGAACUGUGGGAGGAUCUCUGCGCAGACCUCGGGCAGGGGACGCUGAGCUCCGCGAUAAGCUCGCCGGAGAUGAGAAGGGCCGUGCUGGGCUCCUCCUCCUUCUCGGCGAGCCCGGAGCUGGCGACGGGCAUCGAGCACCGGUGCAGGGAGCUGAAGAGGUCGGGCUGGCGCGGCUUGAUCCCGGCGCUGUGGCCCAACGCCAAGUACGUGUACUCCAUCAUGACCGGGUCAAUGCAGCCGUAUCUGAGUAAGCUGCGCCACUACGCGGGGGGCGUCGCGUUGGUGGGCGCGGACUACGGGUCCACGGAGAGCUGGAUCGGGGUCAACUUGGAGCCCGCCAACCCCCCCGAGAGAGUCGCGUUCACGCUCGUCCCCACCUUCUCCUACUUCGAGUUCAUCCCUCUCUUCAGGAGGCUGCAGAGAGGAGGCGCCGCGCUCCACCAUGAUGAUGAUCAGCAAUUUUCUUCCAAUUAUUAUUACGAUCCCGGCACAAGUGGUGAUGAUUUUGCCGAAGGAGAGCCGGUUUCAUUGACCCGAGUCAAGGUUGGGCAGCAGUACGAGCUGGUCCUCACCACCUUCACAGGGACGAAUAUGGAAUUAAAUAUAGAUAAGGACCUUAUGGAUGAAAAAGGAAUAGGGGCUUGCCACGCCGAGGUCGGGGCCCACCACCCGGGCCACUACGUCGUCUACUGGGAGCUGAAAGACCAGAGGCAGGAGGCGGAGGAGGCGGGGGAUGAUGACGCCGUGCUGCAGGAGUGCUGCGGCGCGAUGGACGCGGCGUUCGCGGACCAUGGCUACGUGGUGUCGAGGAGGGCGCGGACGAUCGGGCCCCUGGAGCUGCGCGUGGUGGAGCGCGGCACCUUCCGGCACAUUCUGGAGCACUACAUCCGCAACGGCGCCGCCAUGAGUCAGUACAAGACGCCCCGCUGCACCACCGACCGGGCGCUCUUGACCAUCCUCGACCGCUCCACCGUCAAGCGCUUCUGGAGCACAGCCUACGGAUGAUGAUGACGACGACGACGAAGGUGACGAUGGUUAUCUACUCUAGAACUACGUACGACCUAACGCUGCGUUUUUGUCCACCUACUCUGUUUUAUCAGUUUUAAUGUGAUACGUACAAAUCGCUAUUUCCUGGAUUGUAUCAUGCAACCGCUUGGAUUGGAUCUCCCCUGGAAAGAAAGGGAAAAAAAAAAGAGGAAACGAAAUGAAUCCAUCAUUUUUUUUCCCUACUUAA